AGCUUCCUCGUUAGUGACUGCGCCGACCCCGACGCAGCAAUCAUCGCUGUGAGCCCUGCUUUUGUUACGGAGACAGGAUACGAGCCUGGGGAAGUACUCGGUCGCAACUGCCGAUUUCUGCAGGGCCCAGGUACAUCUACAGUCCAGGUCGACCUGAUUAGGCACGCACUUGCAACCCAAUCCACGGUCAAGGUCUCCCUCCUGAAUUACAAAAAAGAUGGGGGCACGUUUCUCAAUUGUUUUCUCUUAACGCCAUUACACGCAAAUGGGAAGGUCAGAUACUACAUCGGUAUUCAG